AUGUCACGAGGAGAUUCGCCUGCGCUUCCGCUCUACGCCCCUCAUGAGAACAUCGCCCUGCGACCGCUGUCGCCCAAGCUAGGCUCUGCGCCCGCCUCCAGGCCCGCCUCGCGGAGGGGCCGCAACCCCGACCAGCCGAGCUGCCACCGCCUCAAGUCCAUUACUUCCUCGUACUCGCUCCUGUCUCCCGAUGAAACCGCCCUCCAGCUCGCGACCUCUUUGAAAUCUGGCCUUUCCCCGUCCGAAGCCUCGGCGCGCAUCCACGACCAUGGUCUCAACGAGCUGCCCCACGAAGAGCCCGAGCCGCUCUGGCUGCGCUUCCUCAAGCAGUUCCAGGAGACCCUCAUACUGUUGUUGCUGGGGUCCGCCGGUGUCUCUUUGAUCAUGGGCAACUACGACGAUGCCAUAAGCAUCGCCGCGGCCGUGACCAUCGUUGUGUCUGUCGGGUUCGUGCAAGAGUACCGGUCCGAGAAGUCUCUGGAAGCCCUGAAUCAACUGGUCCCGCAUUCCGCACACGUAAUUCGGAGCAACUUCCCCAAUGGCCCCCGCGGUUCUCCGAGGCUCCCUCAGGAAAACGGUUCGGCGAACGUCCCGGCGGGCGCCCUAGAGGACACAACCGCCGCCCUCGAGGCCGCUGAGGGCGCCUCGAUGUCGAUAUCUGCGAGUCAGCUUGUGCCGGGAGACUUGGUGCUCUUCCAUACCGGUGACCGCGUCCCCGCCGAUAUCCGCAUUACUCACGCCGCCGACCUCUCGAUUGACGAAUCGAACCUGACUGGCGAGAACGAGCCCGUGUCGAAGAAACCGGAUACACUCGACAAAACGUCACGCAGCAAUGGCUGGGCAUCGCCCGGGCCGCAGGAUCCCUUUUAUGCUUCCCCGGCUACCGGCACGGUCGGAGCGGAUAUCCGUUUGAACGAUCAGACCAACAUCGCCUUUAUGGGCACCCUUGUACGCUCCGGGUAUGGUCAGGGCAUCGUCAUCGGGACUGGCGCCAACACCGAGUUCGGUGCCAUUUCCGCCUCGUUGCAGGAGAUUGAAAGCCCUCGAACCCCGCUGCAGCUGUCCAUGGAUCGCCUGGGAAAAGAUUUGAGCUACAUGUCUUUUGGUGUCAUCGGCUUCAUCAUGCUCGUGGGUUUGUGGCGGGGCUGGGCGCUUCUGGAUCUAUUCACUAUCGGGGUUUCGCUGGCCGUCGCUGCCAUUCCCGAGGGGCUUCCCAUCAUCGUCACCGUAACCCUAGCGCUCGGCGUGCUAAGAAUGUCCAAGAAGAAUGCCAUCGUGAGGAGACUUCCGAGCGUUGAAACUCUGGGCUCGGUCAACGUCGUCUGCACCGACAAAACAGGAACUCUGACCACCAACCAUAUGACCGUCACGAAGCUCUGGCACUUUGAAGACAAAGAGCCGGUGGACGUUACGCGAAAGAAAGACUCAGCCUCCCUCGACCCAGCAACCCGGACGAUUCUGCGCAUCGGGAAUAUUGUCAACCAUGGUCGUCUGAUCAGCCCUGCCGCCGCCUCGAACGCGACCGCUGCCGUUCUGUCAUCGACUCUCGGCGGCGCCGACGACCCUUCCAGCGCCAAGAGCCGCUGGGUCGGCCAGCCCACGGACGUUGCGCUUCUUGACUUGUUGGACGAGUGCGGUGAGGAUGAUGUUCGCGAGAGAAUCGGCGCGCGGCUCAAUGAGACUCCCUUCAGCUCCGAGCGCAAAUGGAUGGGUUGCGUGGUACAAGGGAAUUCCGGCCCUGAAAGUGCGGGUGCCCCAGACGUGGCAUACAUCAAGGGGGCGUUGGAAAAGGUGCUGGAUCGGUGCGACACGUAUAUCACUGCUCAAGGCCGCGAACUGCCGCUCGACGAAGCCAAGAGACGGGAAGCUGUGAACGCCGCGGAGCAGAUGGCCCAGGACGGGCUUCGCGUUCUCGGCUUCGCGAGCGGGCCGGUUCGCGGAUCGGGUGGCUUAAAGCCGCCGCACCGGAGCCGCAGCGCUGCUUCGUCCCCCGCGCUCAGCUUCAUGCCCGAGAAGGACGAGGACUUGUACCACGACCUCGCUUUCGCCGGUCUCGUUGGAAUGAACGACCCGCCGCGCAAAGGUGUCGACCGCUCGAUCCGUCGCCUGAUGGCCGGAGGCGUCAAGGUGAUCAUGAUCACCGGCGAUGCCGAGACCACGGCUGUCGCGAUUGGCAAGAAGCUCGGUAUGCCCAUUAACCAGAACUCUUCGAUCGGACCGGCGGUCUUGCGUGGCGAUGAGCUCGACCAGAUGACCGAGGAGGAAUUGUCUCGAGCUAUCGCUUCGACCACCAUCUUCGCUCGGACGAGCCCGGAUCACAAGAUGAAGAUCGUGAGAGCGCUUCAGGCCCGCGGAGAUGUCGUAGCGAUGACUGGUGAUGGUGUGAACGACGCCCCGGCUUUGAAGAAGGCCGACAUCGGUAUCAGCAUGGGACAGCUUGGUACAGAUGUUGCCAAGGAGGCGGCGGACAUGAUCCUGACCGAUGACGACUUCUCCACCAUUCUCGCGGCCAUUGAAGAAGGAAAGGGCAUUUUCUACAACAUUCAGAACUUCCUGACCUUCCAGCUGAGCACGAGUGCGGCGGCAUUGAGUUUGGUACUCGUAAGCACUUUCAUGGGCUUCAAGAAUCCGCUCAAUGCCAUGCAGAUUCUUUGGAUAAACAUUCUCAUGGACGGUCCUCCUGCCCAGUCGCUGGGUGUCGAACCUGUCGACCCGGCCGUCAUGUCUCGGCCUCCCCGAAGCAAGACGGCUCGCGUCCUGACACGGCCCCUUUUGCAGCGCGUCCUCACGCAAGCCUCGAUCAUCAUGCUCGGCACCCUCGCAGUCUACAUCCACUGCAUGCAGGACGGCGCCGUCACGGCGCGCGACACGACCAUGACCUUCACGACGUUCGUCUUCUUCGACAUGUUCAACGCCCUCACCUGCCGGUCCGAGUCCAAGAGCGUCGUCAAGGGCGAGAUCAAGGUGGCGGGCAACCGCAUGUUCAACUAUGCCGUCAUGGGCUCUCUGAUUGGCCAGAUGUUUGUCAUUUACUUUCCGGGCUUGCAGAACGUCUUCCAGACCGAGGCGCUGUCGCUCGCCGAUCUGAUCAGGCUGCUCGCCCUGGCUAGCCUGGUGUUCUGGGUCGACGAGGGGAGAAAGCUGUACACAAGAGUUAGGAAUCGGAGAGGGUUCAUGGGGACUUACAGUGCGGCCGUAUGA